AUGUCCCUAGUUUAUCCGAGACAACACAAUUAACAGAACUGACUAACAAUGAUGUGACUGUGGAAAACUCUACACCAUCUGAUAAUUACCCGAGUUCAAUAGAAUUAUCUACCCAGGAUUUUGAUUUUACAAGUUCAUCAACUUCCAGUGACUCAGUUUCUCCUGAAAGCACAUUAGUGGAACAAAUAUGCAUCAAAACUGUAUGUGACACUGUUCCUUCAGAACAGUCAACUACAACCCGUACUGAUCAGCGGAUUUCACUUCCAGUGUCUACAACACAAACAAUGGUAUCAACCACCCCCACCACUACUACUUCUAAUACAGAACUUAUUGAGGAAUUCAUGAAAAAAGCGAAGAGAAUGCCCUCAGGCACAUCCGAAGAAGAAAACGGAGUUCAAGAAGCAGGGGAAGGUACUGACAUUGAGCAUCAAGAUUCACUGCCGUACGAUAUAUCCAAGGUACAAAAAUACUCAGAGCUGUUAGUUAAAAAAGAUGACACCAAAAAGAAAAUUCUUAAAGAGGAGGAUGUUACUAAAGGAAAUUAUAAGAAAAAAUCACCCAAAGAAAAACAAUCAAUGAGUAAAGAGCGAGAAGAUUCAAUUAACUCCGGAUGGUCAGACAUUCCUGAAAUCCGAAUAAUUCAGACAGAGAGUGCAGAGCGAUUGGAUGAUGUGGGAGGCCAAACAAGAACAAAAAAAGAAUUGUGAUACAGAUAUAGAUAGUGAAGAAAAGUUUAAAGUUACAAAAAAGGAAAUUAAAAAAAGGAAAAUCACGACAGAAAAUCAAUCAAAUUUCCGAAAACUAAGAAGAGUAA